AUGAAUAUAAAAUCAUUAAAUGCAGUUCCAAUUUCCGAUAAUUUAGUAGCAGUAAAUAAAAAAUCGAGAAAUGUAUUAGAUAUAAAUAUCGAUAAUGAGAUUGCUGGUGAUUUAUAUCAAAUCAAUACAAAGAUUAUCGUUGGAAAUCAUACUUUCACAGUCCAGGUAGAUACUGGAUCCUCUUUGAUGGCCAUUCCAAUGGUCAAUUGCAACACUUGCCACGACCGACCAUCGUACGAUCCAACACAUUCUCAAUACUCUAAAGUGGUCUCUUGCUUCAGUGAACACUGUUUGGGUUCUGGAAGUGCUCCACCCCAAUGUAAGAACCGUGCAGAAGAUGAUUGUGACUUUGUCAUCCUCUAUGGUGAUGGAUCGCGUGUCUCUGGAAAGAUCUACCAGGAUGUAGUGAAUCUCUCUGGUCUUUCCGGUAUCGCCAACUUUGGAGCCAACCGAAUUGAAACCGGUGACUUUGAAUACCCAAGAGCCGACGGUAUCGUAGGUUUCGGAAGAUCAUGCAAAACAUGUGUACCAACUGUAUUUGAAUCUUUAGUACAAGCUCAUGGACUUAAAAAUAUUUUUGCAAUGUCAAUGGAUUAUGAGGGUAGAGGUACACUCUCUUUGGGUGAAUUGAAUCCAUCUAAUCAUAUUGGUGAAAUUCAAUACACACCAUUAUUUGAAGACGGUCCUUUCUAUAAUAUUAAGCCAACCAACUUCAAGGUUGACGACACUGUUAUUCUUCCACGUCUCUUGGGACGUCAAGUAAUUGUUGACAGCGGAAGCAGUGCUCUAUCUUUGGCUAGUGGUGCCUACGAUGCUCUCGUUCAUCACUUUAGAAAGAACUAUUGUCAUGUUGCUGGAAUUUGUGAUUCUCCAAGUAUUUUAGACGGUUCAAUUUGUUACAACUCUGCAUCAUCACUUGAUUUACUUCCAACUAUUUAUCUUACUUUUGAAGGUGGUGUAAAGGUUGCAGUUCCACCAAAGAACUAUUUGACCAAGGCACCUUUGACCAACGGUGCUAGUGGAUACUGUUGGAUGAUCGAUCGUGCAGAUCCAUCGACCACCAUUCUUGGAGAUGUAUUCAUGAGAGGAUACUACACCGUUUUCGAUAACGAAGAGAAGCGAAUUGGAUUCGCAGUCAAUAGCAGAAAUACUCCUGGGGCAUUGUCUGUAAAGAUUGAUCAUUAA